AAUUAUAAAUGGCUACAAUUGGAGAUAUUGGAGUUGCAGCAGGUUUCAACAUUCUUGGCGCAUUCAUUUUCCUUUUGGCAUUCGCCAUUUUAAGGCUUCAACCUCUCAAUGAUAGAGUGUACUUCCCAAAGUGGUAUCUUAGGAAUUUAAGAACAGAUCCAACAACGUCCGGAGCAUUUGUAAGCAAGUUUGUGAAUUUGGACUUUAGGUCAUAUAUAAGGUUUUUGAAUUGGGUGCCAGAUGCACUGAAAAUGCCGGAACCUGCACUCAUUGAGCAUGCAGGACUGGAUUCUGCUGUUUACUUGCGGAUUUACUUAAUAGGGCUUAAGAUUUUUGUUCCUAUAGCCUUCCUUGCAUGGGCUAUCUUAGUGCCACUUAACUGGACAAACAUCACUCUAGAGCAUGAAGGCAAAAUUAUCCACAGAAUUUCUGGCGUCGAUAAGCUCUCUAUUGCAAAUAUCCCAGUUGGAUCACAAAGGUUUUGGGGUCAUGUAGCGAUGGCUUAUGCAUUUACCUUUUGGACAUGCUAUGUGUUGCGGAAGGAGUACGAGACAGUUGCCUUAAUGCGGUUGCAGUUUCUUGCAUCAGAAAAACGCCGCCCAGAUCAAUUCACUGUCCUUGUCAGAAACGUUCCACCUGACCCUGAUGAAUCUACGUGGGAGCUUGCGGAGCAUUUUUUCUUAUUCAACCAUCCGGAUCAAUAUCUUACUCAUCAGGUGGUAUAUGAUGCAAACAAGCUUUACAAACUGGUUAAGAAGAAGAAAAAUUUGCAGAACUGGCUUGUUUACUACGAAAAUAAAUAUAAUAGAAAUAGUUCUCAGAGGCCCUUCAUGAAGACUGGUUUUCUUGGGCUAUGGGGAAAGAAAGUGGAUGCAAUUGAUCAUCAUGUGUCUGAAAUUGAGAAACUGUCAGAAGAAAUAUCUGUAGAGAGGGAAAGAAUUGCAGGCACUCCAAAAUCAAAAUCUAUCAUGCCUGCAGCAUUUGUUUCUUUCAGAUCUCGUUGGGGAGCUGCUGUUUGCGCGCAAACUCAACAAUCCAAAAACCAAACUAUUUGGUUAACAGAGUGGGCCCCAGAACCAUGUGAUGUAUAUUGGCGAAAUCUGGCUAUUCCAUAUGUUUCCCUCACAGUGAGAUGGCUGGUUGUAGCUGUUGCAUUCUUCUUCUUGACUUUUUUUUCCAUGAUCCCCAUUGCAUUUGUACAAUCUCUUGCAACUAUCGAGGGCAUUGAGAAAGCAGCACCAUUCUUGAGAGAUGCUGUUGGAAUGGAUUUUGUUAAAUCAGUCAUCCAAGGUUUUUUACCUGGGAUUGCAUUGAAGUUAUUCCUUAUCGUUCUGCAAACUAUAUUGACAAUCAUGUCUAAAUUUGAAGGUUCUAUUUCUCUGUCAUCUCUAGACAGGAGAACAGCCACUAGAUACUAUAUUUUCAACUUUGUAAAUGUAUUCCUUGGGAGCAUAAUUGCUGGAAGUGCAUUUGAACAGCUAAAUUCAUUUUUUCACCAACCAGCAAAGGAGAUUCCCAAAACAAUUGGUGUGGCAAUUCCAAUGAGAGCAACUUUCUUUGUCACUUAUAUUAUGGUUGAUGGAUGGCUUGGUUUAGCUGGGGAAAUUCUAAUGUGGAAACCUCUUAUAUUUUAUCACUUGAAGAAUUUCUUCUUGGUGAAGACAGAAAAGGAUAGGUGCGAGGCAGCGGAUCCAGGAAGUCUUGGUUUCAACACAGGAGAACCCAUUAUACAGUUCUAUUUCCUACUGGGCCUCGUGCAUGCUACAAUGACACCUAUUAUACUUCCUUUCAUAAUCAUUUUCUUCAGCUUGGCUUAUAUCGUGUUCCGUCAUCAGAUCAUAAAUGUCUAUAACCAAGAGUAUGAGAAUGCUGCAGCAUUUUGGCCUGAUGUCCAUGGGCGUGUUAUUACUUCGCUGGUAAUUUCACAAGUGCUUCUAAUGGGACUGUUGAGCACAAAACAAGCUACCCAGUCAACCCCAACUCUCAUUGCACUUCCAGUUCUAACCAUAUGGUUCCACUGGUACUUCUGCAAAGGCCGAUAUGAAUCAGCAUUUGUUAAGUAUCCACUACAGGAAGCAAUGAUGAAAGAUACUUUAGAACGGGCAAAGGAACCAAACCUGAACUUGAAAGAAUAUCUUCAAAAUGCAUAUGAACACCCAGUUUUUAAAGCUAGUGAAGACGAAGAAGAUGAUGAAAUUAAUGAUGACGGAUGGGAGAAUGAGAGUGUGAUUGUGCCCACAAAACACCAGCCCCGAAGGAUCAAUACACCAGUUCCCAGCAAAAUUAGUGGUGCAUCUUCCUCAUCUCUGCCUGAGGCUGUUCAAGAGCUUCCACAGCCCUAAAUUAGGCUGGAAAACUUGGCUUCUUACUGCUCGAUCCUUUCUUUUUCACAUUACUAUACUAAUGGAGCAGGUUGGCACUGUAUGGUAAAGAAUAAGAAUAGUGUAUACAGACGCAGAGAGACAGAAGAGGUCACGACAACCUUUAAGAACUCCAGCUUGAAAGCAAAUUGUACGUUGCAAGGUUGUGCACGAAAUGACUAGUGUGUAGGCUGGUAAAAAGUAGAAAUUUAUAGCAUAUUAUUUCUGAACCGGUCUGUUAUUUUUCAGUUCCUCUUGACAUCACUAUCCAAGAAGACUUAUUUGAUAAUUCUAGUGUGAAUCCAUGUAUUGUUGUCUGCGGAUGUUCAUAGGCCUAAGUUAUACUUCAUGUGGGAACUUUUGUGUAAAUCAGUGUGAAUUAUCCAAAUGUGAGAUAUUCAAGGUGCAUUAA